AGACACCGAUGGUUUGAGGAGUUUGGCGUAUGCGUUACAUAUUUUGGCAUGUCACUGUGACUCGUUAUUAUUUGAAGAAUACAUAUCUUUAGCACUUCACCUUCAAGGCACAAUUACAUGAGCGUGUGAAGCGGGUGACUGGACAUGGUCUUCUGUCUAACUAGCCGAAGAUUUCCUCGAAGGUCUCUUUGAUAAUUCCGUGCGCCAUCACUGAUCAAAAUCUGCGUGAGAAGCAGACAGUCGCUCAGAGUUUGGGACCAGGGAUAUUCCGAAGGAGAGAGAGAACAUUCAUGUUAUUUUUCAGAUCGUUGGAGAACAGCUGUGUGAUGCUGUGGCUGCUGGUCCUUGUCCUGCCCCGGGUAGCAUGCAGUGCCCUGACCCAGAACCUUCUACAGCCAGACAAUGACCACAGAGACGGUGCUGUUGCCGUGACGACCCGGCCCCACAUCUACUACUGCCGCUCGCCCAACAUGGAGGUCUUCACCUGCUGGUGGCAUCCCCUUGACAACAACUCCGAGAGUGACGACAACGUCACCUACAGCCUCACCUACUCCUUAGAAAAGGGGCCGAGGCGUGAGUGUCCAGACUAUAUAACGGGCGGCCCCAACAGUUGUCACUUUGACAGCGGCCACACGUCAAUCUGGACCAUAUACUGCAUGAACGUGAUGGCCAGGACCUCCCACGGAGUGUUCAGCUCCAAGGACCACUGUCUGGACGUGGCUGAUAUAGUGGAGACAGAGGCUCCGGUUAACUUGACCUACACCUUGUUGAACGAGACGGAGGAGGAAGCUGGCCGCACCGCCAUGGUGUCCUGGGUUUACCCCAAUCCCUCCCACAUCCAGUACGGUUGGAUCACCCUGGUCUUCGAGCUGCAGUACCGACGCAUCGCCGAGCCCAACAACUGGAAGGUGAAGGGCUUGCUGAGAGAGCCUUGUCUGGAGCUGCUGGAUCUGCCGGUAGGAGAGUACAUUGUCAGGGUGAGAUGCCGUUCCCGCAACAACGGCCUCUGGAGCAAGUGGAGCACCCCUCUCCUACUCUGUGUCCCAGUCAAAUCUACCCCCGAUAAGCUGCUGGCUCUGCUUUUGGUGACCGGUGUUGGGGUCAUGUUCUUGCUAGUCAUCGGCUUUGGAUUUAUCCUACAGGGCAAGAGGAUAAAAGCAUUCCUUCUGCCUCCAAUUCCCAAACCACGCAUCAGAGGCAUCAAUCCCCUGCUUCUGAAGAAAGGGGGCUUUGAUGAGAUCAACCGUCAUUUCAUCUCCUUCCAUGGCUAUAAGCCCCCAAGCUACAGCGAGGAGGAGGUCUGGGACCCUGUCACCAUGGACAGCAACCAAUCUCUCCAGGCUCCCCCGGGGGCCCUAGCAGUCUGGAAGGAGGAUUAUGAUAUGGCCAUCCACAGCCAACUACUGGUCCAGACAACCUCUAGCCACGCCCCUUAUACACCAGUCCCCGCCUCUUACACCCCAGUCCCCGCCCCUUACUGCCAGGCUCCAGUGGAAGCCUUCCGGACCCCGUGGGAAUGGCCAACAGCAAACCCCGACCAGCCAGAGCUUCUGGUCUUCCCGGGCACUGACUACAGCAUGAUGGUGGAUCCCACCCCCGUCCCGCCUACGGACCAGCAGGCCCCGCCCCCAUCAUCCACCCAGGACUUCUACACGUGCGUGAACGUGCUGGGUGACAACGGACAAGUGCAUCUGGUGCCCUGCCUGCCCAACCACCUGAAACACAGCCCCUACGUACAGCUGGAGGAGGAGCUAGAGGAAGGAGGGCUGGAGAAGAGCAGCCAGUUAGAUGACUACCUGGCUAAGAAGAUGGAGGCAGUAGCCAACGGGAGUGCUCUAGGAGAGACAGUGGUAGAGACAGAGAUGGAGACAGAGAGUGUGGAGCAGAGUGAAGUGGCUGUGCCUUUAUUGCCUGGAACCACUGGCACACAGGGCAACAUGGUGUGACCAGUUAGCACACAUACUCACUCACUCACACACACACACACACACACUCACACUCACACACACACACACACACACACACACACACACACACACACACACACACACACACACACACACACACACACACACACACACACACACACACACUCACACACACACACACACACAUACACACACACACACAGCAACAGGAAUUACUCCAGGCUAAAAUGAGGAUGUUAAACUCAUGGAUGGACCUUUGAAUAUACCUACUUAAUAUACUAACAUAAUGAUGUGUUUUUGUGAGUGCACCGGCCUGGGACAUGAGUCCUCUGUGUCUAUCCCCCCCUCCCCCUUGCCUGUCAAAUGACAGUGACACUGCUGGACAGACACUGCUGCCACCUCUAUUCACUGCUGAUAUGGCAGGGACCAUGUUCUGACUACAUUCUCUCUGCGGGGAAUCAGAGAUGAAGCAUUUGACUGUGAGGUUUUCUUUCAGAGCAGAGCCGAGGUCGGGAUACAAGAUGGAUUCCUUUUGACGCAGAAAGUCUGACAAGAUGAACAAAAACAUAAACUUGCAAAGUGUCUUGAACAAUAACAAUAUAUUCUCCAUAGAACUGCAACUGUUGUUGUGUGGACUGAGUCACUGAAAGGUCAAUAUACUCACCUGUUCUUCGGUCCAAUCUUGUUAGAAAAUAAUGCCUGCGAACUCUCUUGUUGUUGGAUGUAGAAUUAAUGACCAACCACUCUGUGAAAGACGAUACGAUUUUUAACAGUCAGGUUUUAGGGCUCUGUGAAAAGUUUGACGAAUGCAAGAAUAGCAGUUGUACUUCACUGAGACCAGUCAUAGCCGUUCUGAGGCCCUGGCAGAAGUUAGCCUGCAUUUAGAGAACAGUGGAGCACACCAAAGAUCUGAACACCCAGACCAAGAGAGCAGUACACUUCUUCAAAUAUAAAUGUAUUUUUAGAGAGAAAUUAUUGUAAUUAUUAGAAUGAAUGAAUUACAGAGGAAAUACUUUAAUAUAUCAAAUGCACUAUUGACGAGAAAUAUAACGAGGCAAUGUUAUAAUAAUAAUAAUAAUAAUGAUAACAGUAAAGUACACUUAGAAAGUGAACUGUCUGGGUUCAAUCCAUGAACUAAAUCCCAGAUUUAACUGUAUGCUUCAUACUCAGGAACUCAACCAAGCAUACAGUAGUUAGUCAACCCAGUGAAGGUGCAAUCUACUUUCAGUCCCGUGUGACGGCACAACCAAGCAUACAGUAGGGAGUCAACCCAGUAAAGGUGCAAUCUACUUUCAGUCCCGUGUGACGGCACAACCAAGCAUAC